GUCUCGAUGGAGAGAGGAGGGCGCCAAACAGGAAGAUGUGUGUGUCUCUGAGUCCUCCUGGUUCUGCCUCUAAUCACAACAACCAGCUUGUCAACGACAUGACUUGAACGAGUGAGCUGAAGCGUCAAGAAGGAGCAGAUCGUUUCCAGACGGAGAAGAAGAAGAAGAACAAAGUAAGAUCAAACACAGGAAGCCAUCACCCUGCUCGUCUUUGGAGCUAACGGUAGCUAAGUUAGCCGUAAACUAGUUUGGUGAAGUUAAACAGCACUUCAGUAAUUCCUGUAGCCUGUAAAUCUGCUUUUACAUUCAGUCAAAAUAAAAAUAAAGAGCUGAGCGUAUUCUUCGCUGUCUGAUUGGAUUAGUUUUAGCUUAACAGUCACAUUUGUUAGCUUGCCAAACUUGAUGUCAGGUGUUGGUGUCAUGAACUGUCUGGCUGCCUGUUGUCAUGGGAACAUCAUGAGGUCAUUACAGGAGAUGUUCAUAUUAUUCCACCAUAAAGAAACUUUUUUCACAUGUUUUUGUUGUAACCUCACCCCGCUGGUGUUGCAACAGUAGUAAGUCUUUAAGUAAGUUUUUUUAAUAUUUCUUAACAUUGCUACUUAAUACUGACAUUCUUACAUUAGUUUUAAGUUUUCAUAAUUUCCGAUACUUUUCCUUUUUUUUUUUUUUGUCUUGGACUUGUGUUUUUUUUGUUGCAAACGUAUUCAUCAGUCAUUGUGUCUCUUCAUUUUUCUUGUUAACCUGGAAUUUAUUUAAUGCAAAAAUUAUCAGGGAUCAGCCGAGUCCCUUUGCACCUUUAAGAAAAGCUAAAGACCACCUACGACCUUCAUGAUGAUGAUGAUGAUGUUGAAGAUUUAGGUUGGUUUUAAUGCUGAUUAGAACUCUCAAGAACAGCUGUCAGUGUUGUGAUCUUCCUCUUGUCACUUCCUGUCAGCGUCUGUGUGUCUGAUCAGACUUAAAGCUGUUUGUUAGCUCUUCCUGACGUUGUUUCCUCCUCUCUAGAUCCUCGCUUGUGUUCUUACUCUCUGAUGUACGUCGCUUUGGAUAAAAGCGUCUGCUAAAUGAAUUGUAGAAUUAAAUCGUCUAUCAUAUGUGAGCCUUUGAAUGUGUUCUUCUCCUUCAGACAUGGAGGCAGAAAGCGUGAGCGUAUGGCCACGCAUGGAACCCUUCUUACUGGGCGCCCUGCAGGUGUCUCCCCCCUCCAAGCUCAGCCUGCAUUAUUUGCGCAAGAUGGCGACCUAUGUGCGGACACGGGACGGCUGUUUCCCCUCUCUGGGCUGGUCCAUGUGGAGACACAUUGCCUGCGGUAAACUCCAGCUCCCAGAAGACAUUGCAUGGCUCUACUUUGAGACCUUUGACCUUCUUUUAGGCCAGUGAUUCUUAACCAUGGGGCCGCGGCCCACACUUGGGCCGCGAGCGCCACCUAGAGGGCCGCAAAAAACUUUCCGUUUUGCACCUGUGGGCCGCGGGGGCCGCGGCACCGCACCGCAAACCGCAGGUUAUCCAUCAGAUGCUCAGCUACAAUACCGCUUCCCACCACUUGGUGGCGGUAAUGCGCCAGUCAGUUGUUUAACAAGCUCCAAUAAGCAGAAGAAGACACUCGGUGAGCCGUUAGCCUGUAGUGAAGUCAGAAAGUGAUGGAGAAGUUUUUGAAAAGAAAAAAUGAAGAGGAAAGUGGUGCCAAACCCCCCACAAAGGCAAAAAUAUUGCGCAGGUACAAUCCGGACUUUAUAAAGUACGGAUUUGUGAACGGAGGUACCGAGGCAACUCCAAGAGCUCAGUGUGUUGAGUGUGGACUUGCGCUAUCAAACGAAGCACUAAAGCCUUCAAAAUUAAAGCGGCAUCUUGAAACCAAACAUCCAACGCUCGUGGGAAAGCCGGUGGAAUUUUUCAAGAGAAAAGAAAAUGGACUUCAGAUGCAGAAAAUGUCUGUCGUGUCACUGACAGGUAAUUCUAAAUGUGCUUUGAAAGCCAGCUACCUCGUAGCCAGACGUGUGGCACAGAGUAAGAAAGCGUUCACCAUAGCGGAGGAAUUGGUUCUGCCUGCCGCUGUGGAUAUGUGCCGUGAGAUGCUCGGAGAGGCUGCUGCAAAGAAGCUGCUGACCAUCCCACUCUCAAACGACACUGUGAGUCACCGUAUCGCGGACAUGGCCUCAGAUAUCAGACAUCAGCUUCUGGAAAGAAUACAAAGUAGCCCAUUUUUCUCUUUGCAACUAGAUGAGUCCACUGAUGUUACAAAUGCUGCACUGCUGCUGGUUUUUGUUCGCUAUCGCUGGGACAGUAGUUUGCACGAAGACAUACUGUUUUGUGGAGAGCUACCAACACGAACUACGGCUCAGGAAUGUUUCCGCUGCAUGGAUGAGUAUUUCACUGAGAACGGCCUGGACUGGCAGAACUGUGUUGGGGUGUGCAGUGAUGGUGCAGCGUCAAUGACUGGCAGGCAUCACGGCGUCAUCAGGCAGAUACUUGAUCGUGCACCAGAAGCUAAAUGGACCCACUGUUUCCUCCACCGUGAAAGCCUUGCAUCAAAAAAGAUGUCACCAGAGUUCAACGAGGUGAUGGAUGUAAGUGUGAAAACCAUCAACUUCAUUAAAAAUAAUGCUGUGAACUCCAGAUGUUUUGCCAAGCUUUGUGAGGACAUAGAAGCAGAUCAUGUCCAGCUGCUCUAUCACAGUGAGGUGAGAUGGCUCUCAAGAGGACAGGUCCUCAACCGUUUGUUUGAACUGAGGAAUGAGGUCUUCUCUUUUCUGACUGAGAAAAAAUCUCCUCUUGCACAUUACUAUGCCAACACGAAGUUCACAGCUAAACUUGCCUACCUCUGUGACAUUUUUUCAUUGCUGAACCAGCUGAACAUCUCACUUCAAGGGAGAAAUAGCAACAUGUUUUUUGUUGCAGACAAAGUUCAAGCUUUCAAGAGGAAACUUGCUUUGUGGACUAAGAGGGCCCAGGAAAAGAGGAUGGACAUGUUUCCACUUUUGUCUGACAUUUUGGAAAACACCCCUCAGGUGAAGAUCAGUGACUCGGUCUCUCAGCACCUCUCACAACUGGCAGAGAAAUUUGAUGAGUACUUUCCUGAGGAUCCCAGAGAGGGACACAUGUGGAUAUUGGACCCAUUUUCUGUGGAUCCCACUGAAAAUGAUGUUGCUUUGCCCUCACAUCUGGAAUCCGAGCUUCUGGAAGUUUCCACCGACAGCACUUUAAAGUUGCAGUGGGGCAAACUGGACCUGGGCUCCUUCUGGAUUGCUGUCUCAAAGGAGUACCCAUGUCUAGCACUGAGGGCUGUGAAACUCCUUCUCCCAUUCACGACUACAUACCUGUGUGAAUCAGGAUUCUCCAUUGUGGCCACAACUAAGACCAAAGCCAGAAACAGACUCAGAGCAACACUGGAGGCUACUCUGAGAGUGAGCCUUUCCCCCAUUCCACCCAGACUGGAUCUGAUCAUGUCUGAGAGGCAGGCCCAAGUGUCUCAUUAAGAGAUGAUCAUAAAAAGAGUUUAUUGUUGUGACUGUUGUUAUUGUUCAUUUGUCACCGAUAUGAAGAGCAAGUUCUGGUUCUGCAAUGCAAAAAUGAAGACAGCUGAAGCAAUUGUCAAAUUAUUUAGCAGUUUUAAAGCUAUAUUUUCGUUUGCACUUUAUUUCAAUUUCAUUUACAGUUUAUUUAUUUAUUUAAUAUUAAACUUUUAUUGUUUGAAUUUAUUUAUUUUAUUACCACAUGAUUUUAUUUAUCAAAUUUCCUAUUUUUAUUUUUAUCAGUAGUAAAAUCUAAAAUCUAAUUCUAAAUUAUUUUUGUGUUUUUGUGUUAAUAAGCCUGACGUUAGCCUUGUUAAUUGUGUUGUGAAUUGUUGGCCUGUUCGGCAUCUUGUUGUAUGUAGAGAUUGACACUACACAUUACAAAUAAAUGUCUUUGUGAUGAUCACAUUGUAUAAUGUAAUUUAUUUCACAAGCUUUUAGUUUGUUAAACUGUAAAUUGAUUUGAUUUAAUUAUUGAAUACGAAUCAAACCAAGAGUGAGGUCAAUUAUUAUACCAAUACAGUUUUAAUAUUUGAAUGGGCCCUGGGCCACUUUGUACUGGAAAAGUUGGGCCCCGAGGUCAAAAAGGUUAAGAACCCCUGUUUUAGGCCACACUCCAGAGGAGAGGCUGGAGCGGGCCGAGUGUCUCUCCCAGUGC